AUGAGUUCUAUUAGUAAAUUCUUUAAUGAGGUGGAAGCCGCAGUGGGACUUUUGGAGGAAAAAUAUCGUGAUCAGUCAAGGAACAGAGAGGUACAACAGCUAGUUGGUACACAGUCAAUAGUCAUAAAUGCAUUGAAGAAGAUCCAUGAGAAAAUAGUCCGAAGGCUUCGUACCACACCUUCUAAGGCAACACCAUGGAAAGGAGAAUUUACCCUCGAUCUUCCCCGGGAGGUAUUUAGGGUUAUUCUAAACCAUAUAAUUCAACGAAACUCCUAUAGACAUAGAUAUAAAGAAUCUAUGCUGUAA